UUUUACGGUAACGACAUAUGUUUAAACCAAUAUAACAGUCGACAGUCGAGUUUUCUGAGAUGUGGCCAAUGAGUUAAGAAUUUUUCUCAUUUCUUUAUGUAUACAUUGAAAGUUUAAUGAAAAUCACCAGAGCGUUUUUUAAAAUAAAAUUUACAUAUACGAACAUUCAUUCUGUUAAUAGUAUAUGACCUUAUCGUGAAUUUUCUCAAGCAUAAGUUUUUAAUGUCCUAUUACGUGGAUGGGAGUGUCUCUCCAAAAUAGCGCUCCACAGUCACAUGACAAAGUUUUCUACGAGAUUAACCAAAGUCGUUACGUCUGAAGGAAGUCAAUAACAUGUAAGUGUAUGUUCCAAUAGUUUAGGAAAUUGUUGAGACUGUUGGUAUACAAAUUGGAUCCACAUAACUUACCGAGCAGGGAGUCUUGUGGCCAGCAUAACGACCCGUACCCAUCGGAGUUUUCAAAUUCAAAAUACCAGUCUUCAUUGAGAUUCGAACCCAGGACCCAAGGUUCGGAAGCCAAGUACUUAACCGCUCAGCCACCUUGCCCUCUGACAUGGACACGAAAAGUACAGACCUUUGUUUUCCUCAAGACACCUGUGGACUUGGUAUGAAAUCAGAGUGAAAAUAUACCUAACUUCAAAACUAGUCUUAUCAUCAUCAUCAUCACUACUUUGAGUUCUUUAUGGAACAUAGGGCCUCUACAAAAAACACACCACUCUCCACGGUCUCUUGCUAGUUUUUUAUGGUGUCCCAGCUCUUCCUGGUCUUCUCGGCUUCUUCAAGUACAUUGUGUCGCCAUGUUCUUUUUGGUCUUCCUCUGCGUCUUGUUCCCUGGGGGAUCCACUCUAAGGCCUGCCUAGCUCUGUUGCUGGUAUCUUUUCUAAGGGUGUGAUCAAUCCAUCUACACUUUCUCUCUAAGAUCUGCACUUCUAUAUUUUUCUGUCCACUCAUCUCACACAGUUUUGUGUUUUGUACUUAAUGGUAUGAAAUCAGAGUGAAACAAUACCUAAAUUGAAAAUAAGUCUUAUGUUGUUUUUUUUUAAUUAUCAAAUUUUUCCCUAGAAUUUAGCUUGAGUUAGACUUGAUCUAUUUAUAGAUAUCUCUUGAUAGACUCAAUACUGUACAUUGUGUUGUAAACAUUGGAUCAAGUUUAUUUCCUUGUUCUCCAGGUGAUCAUGAAACUCAGGAGUCAGAAGGUGGAGAAGCUGAUCUACACAAAUAUCUUGUGGGCUGUAAGAAGAAUCCAGGUCAUAGCCAGUUUAUACCUGUUGAUACAUUCACCUUGAAACAUUUACCUGAAGGUUAUCAAGACAAAGAUUUCUAUGAAUACAUCAAAGUUAUAGCUGACCUCACAGUUAGAGUUGGUGUGGAAAUGUCAAGUCCACGUAGACCAAAGUUUUGGCCAAAGACAACUCAACCAUAUCCAUUUUAUAACAUGAGAGAGAGAAGAAACUUGAGGACAGGAAGUGGAAGUGUGAGGGAUGUAAACAAGUUUCAAGAUGGAGUCAGACAAGACAAAGGACGUAUUGCCUACACAAAGUGUUGGUGUAGAAAAUGUGAAGGUUCAAACUCACCCAGCAAUGUGUGGUGGGAGUUUCAAGUGCACACAGCCACACAAGUGGUUUUUGAUGACAUUGAGGCCGACCACACAACCUUGAGAUUGUUUUAUGAUAGAGAUGGAAGUCCAGUGGUCAGUGUUAGAUAUGUAAACAUUGAGCAUGACAGGUGUGAGUUGAACUGUGUGACAUGUGAUGAAACUUUAGGAAAUAAACUGAUGGGAAUGUGGAAACAUUUUGAAAAAGUCUGGGAUAAGGUCUGGGACAAAUACAUUUAUUCUAGACCUCCACACAAGUUUCUCUUUAUAGUGUCACAUCCUCAUGGAUGUUCUAAACAGGUCAGUGUUGGUCAAUGGAAGGACAGACUAAAGGUGGAUGAUUGUAGAUCUCAGUUUACUUAUACAACUUGUACAUGUCCAGGAAGUAGUGGAGCAUAUGUCAACUAUCUGGGGUUUAGUAACUGGACUUGGCCUGAACUUGUCCACAGUGGAAGUCUCAAGUCUGGAUUAAAUUACAGUGGAGUUGGUAUUGUCUAGUGAGUUGUUUCCCUUUUGAUUUUUCCAGCUCCACCAUGAAGAUGUCUUUGAGAACCCUUGACAUUCUGAACCUUAAACUUAAAUGUCUCUUUAGUCUUGUGAUAAAUACAUUUAUACUUUAAGAUAAAUAUUUAUAGAAACAUUUUUUUUGGACUUAGAAAAUAAAAAUCUUCCUAUUGUCUUAGAUCAACUUUUGUUGUAGUUAUGUAAAUAAAGUGUGUAUGCUGUCUUUAAAUUUACAA